GCAUCCUCCUGCACGCCUCCCCCCCAGCAGCGGCCGUCGGCGCCAGCGUUAUCUCGUCAGCUGGAAACCAGCGAUAUAUCUUCCCCCUCCCCUCCCCGCCUUCGCCCCCCUCGCUGGCCAGCAUUCUCUAUGGAGGACCACGAUGCCCGGUCCAGCACGCCCGGCCCGCACUCUCCUCUCCCACAACCCAUCCCACAGCGACGAGCCGUGAGCUCCCACUCCCCAUCCGUUGAAUCGUCGUCGUCAUACCCGCCGCUCAGCUCCAGCAACCCUCCGUCGGCCUUCCACCCGCACGGCAUGGUCUCCCUCUCGCCCCCGUCGCAGCCUGCGGCCCCUCCGUCGGCCCAGGGUGCGUCGGCCAAGCUCUCCAAGCUUGACCAGAUCAUCCAGAACUUCUACUCCAAAGUUGCCCAGGUCAUUGUCCAGGCCAGAUACACACAGGCACAAUACCCGGCAUCAUCCACCCAUCCCUCGGGGCUGCCGGGCUCUCCACAUCUUCCCCGACGACCAUCAUCAGCGCUUUCCAGGAACACCAUGGGCUCCCAAGACGAGGUCGAGUCCCAUGCAGCACACACCCCGCUGCCCAAAAAGACCAACAAAUGGUUCAACCUCGAGCUCGAGGAGCUUGAGCCUCUGAAAGAGGAGAUUCGGUACUGGCGCACCGCCGCGAUCCAACCCAACCAGAUUCCGCCCCCGCUCAUUCUGGAUAUCUAUCUCGACAUAUCCGAAAUCACACCCUCGCACAACCUCAUUCUGAAGGACGAGGUUCUGCAGCGGCGGAAGCGGAUCUACUGGGACCAACUCGAGUCAGUCGAUCCUGUCGCCGGCAAGGCCGUGAGGAAGAGGACCAUCCUGCUGGAAACGUGGCAGCUGACGCUAUCCCAACCGGGUCCGGCUCAGUCGCCAGAGCUUCCCACGCUAUACAAAAAGUCUGUGGCCUUCUUCCGAUCGCUCUACAGCAUGGUUCGCCUGCUGCCAGCCUACCGUCUCUACCGUCGAAUCAAGUCGCAGCCGGAUCUGCUCAAGGUCGGGUACCGACUCUCGAUGUCGCGGAACACCUCGUUCUCGGAAGCUGGAUUAGAUCAGCUUCACACGGGUAGCGAUAUGCGACGAGGAAUCUCCGAGCUCAGCUUCGGAAACAUCGAUACGCCGUACGGAAUCUUCUCGCUCCACGUCAACUACCGCAACGAGUGCGACUUCUCCAUUGACAUCCCCGACUCGCUCGCCCACUCACGCUUUACCGAUCUGGACGAAAACUACUUUUCUCCACGCAACGUCGGCAUCGAUAUCGUUGGCAGACGCACAUCCUUCCCGACCAGCCGGCCAUCCCUGACUCGCCGCGAGUCGCGGGAUCAGAACCUUCAGCAAGGGUCGCUCACGACUCCGGCAAAGGCUUCGGCCAACCCCCAUACGCAUCGCCAGGAAUCGCACUCAUCGCUCGGAAGCGGCGGCACCGGCUCGGACGGGACUCACGUUGCUGCAUCCCUGCCAAACCACUUUGGAAGCACCAACAAUGCGUUUGCCGGGCAAGCCCCGAAUUCGUCUCUGCCGCGGUCGCUGUCGAUAUCGCCGUUGACUGCGGGCCUGGACGAGCGCCUCCGAGGCAGCUUGCACACGGUCACUCGGCGCGAGAGCAUGAGUCGACUGCAUCGCGGCCCCACGCACGACCACUUUUCGCCAUUUACGCCGUCGUCUCAGAGCACGCCGCCCCAUAUCCACAUGAUCCAGCCCCAUCCUGGCGACGACAACGUCGUUCCGGAAAGCAUCCGCUUCGAAUCCGAGCCACCGCCGUUCAUGCUCGCACCCGACUUUCACACAAAGGCCGUCGUAGACGAUACCGCCGUCGACUCGACCGGACCGGGGCCAGCGCGCCCAAACUCGGCCUUUACGUCCACACAUGCAGCUCCGUUUAUCGAGCCUCUUUUUGGAAUCCAUGGAACAAGCCCGCCCUUUGGCACUCUUCCGAGUCCUGACGCCAAGUCGUUCAAGUCUAUGGGCGGCGUUUCCAUCAACAGCAUCCAGUCGCAAACCUCUGGCCCGACUGCACAGCAAUACACAGCCCUGUAUCAUACAACGAUUCCCCCGUCCGUCCCCUUCAGCUUCAUGGGCACGCCCGGUGUCCCCUCCAACGAGUUUCCCGGCACUUCGGCGACGCCAACGACAAGCACCCACACCCCCGCAACCACCGCAGCCCUGGGCAGCACAAACCAGCUGCCGUCCGCCGUGUCUGUUCCUUCCACAACCCCGCCGAUGGUCGGACUGGGAGGAUCUCCCAUCCUGUUCACGCCGUCGUCGUCGCUGGGCCAAGUUCACCACCUAAGUACCCACGACUACGGCACCUCGCCGCCGCCCUUCGUGACUGGAGCCGUGGCUCCUAUGGAUAUCCGCAGGGACCCGAGCGGCAACUACGGCGUGCUUCGGUCCUCCGAUAGUGUCCGAAGCAUAGGGAUUCCUUCGGGCGGCGCAUCACAAGGCGGAGCCAGCGGCGGAAGCCCGCAUUCGAUCGAGUCAGAGAUUGGACGCCGAUCCAGAACCAAGUUGGCAAAGUUUCACCAGCUCAAAGAACGCAACGCCUCGUUCUCCGAGUCACUCAUCAUGGCCGUAAGCAUGAGCAUGAACUCAAGCGCCGACAGCGGCCGGCGCAACCUUGGUAUUGUCAGCGAAGAAACCCGCCCGCAACCACAUACCGCAAGCCUCGACGAUGCCUCGGCGGCAAUCGGCCAACCGCUCUCUCGGGACGGUUCGCGGCCGCAACUGAUGCACACUCCGCCUCGGGCCCGUCCUGUCUCCAUCCCGGAACCGCCGCAAGGCACUUUAUCCCAAAGCAGUGCUGCGGCAGACCGGUCGUCGCUGUCGAGCACCCAGUCGGCGCCUUAUCGCCAGCUGCAGUCUCAACCGCCGACUCGGCAUCCGGAGAGCGAGCGCGGACAAAGCUCGCCGAGCAGUUCGCACCAGGAGGUUGUCUCUACGGCAUCGCGUCGGCUGAGCGGCCACUACAAGGCACCGCUCGGCGAAGCGGUAUCGACGCUUCCGCCGUUCCACAGCGAGCCACUCUCGUUCGAGCGCAACCCCCUCUUCAGUCUUCCAACGGCGGUGGGGCGUGGUGCAUUCUCGAGCACAGCCGGCUCGCAGUCCCCGUCUCGGCUGCAUGACUGGACAGCCGGACCGAUUGUGUCCCUGGGCCAGUCGGAUGCCAAGAUCCUCGACGACGAACCUCCGUUCUCGCUGCCGACACAGGAAACGCGGUACUCGGUGUCUCAGCCAGCGCCGAUGCACUCUCACCGACUGUCAUGGCGGCACUCGCUUCCCGAGCAAAGUCAUCGUCUCGAUCCGCAGGGCCAUAUCCAUGACCCGUCGUCCAGGUCGGCUUAUGACCCAUCGAGUGCCUUUGGCCCGCCCGAACCACCCAAGCCCCUCACAGGCCGCCUCUAUGGGUUUGACGGCGAAGGUACCGACGGCGGGCCGACCACCUCUCGAAACGAGCGAUUCUAUGCACCGUCGACAGGCGGUCGAUCGCAGGCCAAGGUCGGUGGGCCCAAAUUUAUUGGCAGUCUCGCCGACCACUCGCACCACUCGCACCACUCGCAUCACUCGCAUCACUCGCACCACGGCCGUGGCCACGACCUCGAUCAGCUCGGCGAAGACGGAGAGCCUGACGAGGACGACGAGCUGCUCUUCAACAUGAGCGGCCUCGAUAUUGGCGACAGCCAGUGAGGGCGGUCGGGUCGAUGCGCUGAGGCAACAUCGCACCGAUCUCCUCUCUCCUCCCAGCGGCAGGCUCUGGAUCACUUCCACGGCGCUCUCGCACACUCUGGGGCCAUGCAUCGAGGCGAUCGACUGCCCAUUUUUGUUUUGGAUGCUGAAUAUACAGUCGAUCCAACCAA